UCUCUCUCUAACCCCUGUUUUCUCUCUCUACAAGGAAAAAAAAAAACAAUGUUGUAUCAUUUCUCUCAAACGCAAACACAAUGAACAAAAAAACCAUGGCCAGCCACUAUAUUUUCCUACCAAUUAUUGCUCUGUUUUUUGUUAAUCAAUCAUUUGGAUUGACAACUGAUGGUGUUUUAUUACUCUCAUUCAAAUAUUCUGUUUUAACCGAUCCUUUUGGUGUUUUAGAUAAUUGGAAUUACUCCGAUGAAUCACCGUGUUCUUGGAACGGUAUCGUUUGUGGCACUCCUGGUGACCCGGCUGCUAAUAACCGGGUCACUGCAGUGUCACUACCUAAUUCAAAAAUUAUCGGUUUCAUUCCCGCCAAUCUUGGUUUGAUUCAACACCUUACUAAACUCGAUUUAUCAAAUAAUUCAAUCAACGGGUCUAUGCCGUUAUCAUUAUACAACUCAACGAAACUCAAAUACCUCGAUUUUUCAAAUAAUUUGAUAUCGGGGGAGCUUCGUGAGCUUGUUAAAGGAUGGAAAAGUCUCGAGCUUCUCAACAUUUCCGAUAAUUCGUUAUCCGGUCAGCUUCCAGAAAAUCUAGGUGUUUUGACCAACUUAACGGUUGUUUCGUUAAAAAACAAUUAUAUUCACGGGAAUGUACCAACAGGGUUUAAUUCCGUUACGUUUUUAGAUCUAUCUGCGAAUUUAAUCAAUGGUUCGUUACCUAAAGAUUUUGGCAGCAGUGAUCUUGUUUAUUUUAACAUUUCGCACAACAGAAUUUCGGGCGAAAUUCCCCCGGAAUUCGCUAACAAAAUUCCAACAAACGCGACAGUCGAUUUGUCUUAUAAUAACUUAACUGGCCCGAUACCUGAGUCAAGUGUUUUUUUCAAUCAAAACCAAACAUCUUUUUCAGGAAAUUCUGAGUUAUGUGGGAAACCGUUAAAAAACUUGUGUUUGAUACCUUCUUCGGCAUCUACACCGCCAAAUGUGACGUCAUCACCACCAGCUAUAGCCGCGAUCCCAAAAACCGCAGAGUCGUCUCGGUCAACAAACAAUAAUAAUAAAUCAUCAAAAUCCGGUUUUAAAACCGUGACGAUUGUUGGUAUUGUUGUUGGGGAUGUUGUUGGCAUCGCGAUUUUGGCGACGGUUUUUAUUUACAUUAUAAAGAGGCGCAAAAAGGUUGCGCCUCAGAAGUCAGAAAACAGGACUAAUAAGGAAUUUGACUGGGCGUCAUCUUCGGAAGACCAAGAGCAUAAGUGGUUACGUAGCUCAUUGCCUUGUUUGACUAAACAAAAAGUCCCGGAAGAUGAGUCGUCAUCAAACGUAAGCACGACUUCUGAAAGUGAUGAAGAAAAUGAUGUGAUACUUGCGGCGUCUAAAAAUGCUAAAACCGAGGAUUCUAAAGGGGAAUUGGUGACGGUUGAUGGCGAAAAGGAGUUGGAGUUAGAGACGCUAUUGAAAGCGUCGGCGUAUAUACUCGGUGCCACCGGGUCGAGUAUUAUAUAUAAGGCGGUUUUGGAUGAUGGGACCGCGUUGGCGGUCAGGAGAAUUGGGGAAAGCGGGUUGGAACGGUUUAGGGAUUUUGAGAACCAGGUUCGGGUUAUUGCUAAAUUGGUGCACCCAAACCUGGUCCGGAUUCGUGGAUUUUAUUGGGGUGCGGACGAAAAGCUUGUUAUCUACGAUUACGUUCCUCAUGGCAGCUUAGCAAACGCACGUUAUCGAAAGGCUGGAUCUUCACCUUGUCCGCUACCUUGGGAGGUAAGACUCAAGAUAGCGAAAGGAACGGCUCGGGGGCUAAUGUACAUCCAUGACAAAAAACAAGUACAUGGGAACCUCAAGCCGAGUAAUAUUCUGUUAGGCUCUGAUAUGGAGCCUAAGAUUGGAGAUUUCGGGCUUGAAAGAUUAGUUGUGGGUGAAAAUAGUUGUAAAGUUGGGGGUUCAUCUAGAAAUUUUGGUAGCAAGAGGUCAACUGCAUCCCGUGACAGCUUUCAAGAUGUCACGGUUGGGUCAAACCCCAGCCCAAGCCCUAGUGCAAUGGGGUGCAUAUCACCAUAUUAUGCCCCCGAAUCACUCAGGAGUAUAAAGCCUAGUGCAAAAUGGGACGUUUUUUCGUAUGGUGUUGUGUUGCUAGAACUAUUAACGGGAAAGGUCAUCAUCUCAGAUGAAUUUGGACCUGCUAGCAUGACAUGGAGUUCCCCAUUGACGGAUGAAGAAAAAGUUAAGGUGUUACGAAUGGCUGACGUGGCAAUUCGUAGUGACGUGGAAGGGAAAGAGGAAACAUUUUUCACGAUUUUGAAAAUAGGUUAUAAUUGUAUAUCUCCGGUACCACAAAAGAGACCGCACAUGAAAGAGAUCCUUCACGCUCUCGACAAAUUCCCCUCUGCAUCUUCUUCGUAUUAUUUUGGUCACAUAUAAUUUAUUAGGAGGAAAUAAGUAAUUAAAAAAAAAAGAAAUUUUCUAGAUGUGUAUUUAUGAUGAAAAUGGAAGUAGGUGUUGUAUCUUUAUUUUAAAACUAGAAUUGUAUCCAUACAAUGCAUGGAGAUUGAUAGUUUCAGUGUAGAGAUACGGUUAAGACUCAUGCAUGACGGCCGAUUACACCGAUUAAUGGUAGUGGGAGGUGGUUUAAGAGAAGUGUCUAACUUUUUUUUUUUUAAUGGCAAAUUACAUCCACACUUAAUUCAUACAAUA